AUGCAUGGUUUUAGUGUUGGUGGGGAGCGAGAGGGAUUUUUGUGUCUCCCAACAGACACAGACUUUAAUUUGCUUCUGACAGAAAGAUGUCUGUUGAGAGAAUGCGACUUUGCUCUGCUAAAGUUUUGGACAGAAAACUAUGUGUAUGAUGCUUUAAGCUCACGAAAGGCGGAGCUACUUCAAUCAGGGCGAUAUACAUGCUUCAAAUAUCCAAUCAGGGUGUUUGAAGGCUUUGAUAUUGUUACUAAAAUAUCAUUCAUUGAUGAAAAAUCGUUUUAUGUAACACAAUCUAUUCUAAGGAACGCCGAUAAAUGUCUGUGUGCCACCGUGUUAUCUGUUCAUCAAAUUGUCGGGACAAAGAUGUCUACAUUAUUGGGGAGCAAAAGUACCACCUUGAAUAAAUCCGAGUUUGAAAAUGUAGUAAUAACGUUCCAAGAAUUCCAUUCGGAUUAUUUCAAACAAGUGAAAGAUUCCUGGAAAGGUGUUUGA